AUGCUAUUAUAUUUAGUUGUAUUCUCUAUAGGCCUUUUCCUUCCGGGCGCGACAUCCUCUGAAAAUUACAAAUCGCGGGAAUGCCCAUGUACAAUAUCCAAACUGUGGCUGGACAUCUCAUUUGCAAUAGACAAUUCUGAAAGCACAGCGGAAGGAAGCUUGAAAAACAUCGCUGCCACUGUUGGCUCCAUAUUUGGCGAUGUAAAGGUUGCACCGGGAGAUGGUUACCAUACCCGCAUUGCAUUUGCUACACAUGCGUCGACUGUGAAAGCAUUUGAUCUGGAUCACUUCACAUCCAUAGCCGAUUUGAUGAAUGAGAUUGAACUAGUGCAACCCACCGAAGCUGCACCCAAUGUUACACUGGGAUUGAUGAUUGCUGAUGCUUUGUUCAAAGGUCCCCAUGGAUUUCGACAAUAUGUGAAACCAGCUAUAUUCUUAUUCGUCACGGACUUUAGAGAAAAGGAUUUCAACAAUACAAAAAACUUGGCAUCGACUGUUCGGCAAACUGGAACAGAAAUCAUUAUUGUGACAUUUGGGCUAACAGAUCCUACCAAGAUCGAAGCGCUAAAAGAAGUGGCAUCUCCUGGGCUUCUCUUCAGCAGCACAACAGAUGAUUUGAGUCGUAGAAUCCAGCAAAAGCUAUGCGAUAUUAACUGCUUCUGUAAAACGCAAUGGCAUCAGCUGAAAAGCGGUGAUGGAGAUUCCGCCGUAAAAUAUGGCGAAUGUCUAAAAAUAGGCGGGAUGGAUGCAAACUGGAGAGCUGCAAAACGAGUCUGCAUAAGUCUCUCUCACCAACAAGGACAUCUGGUCAGCAUCCUUGACGAAACUAAGCACGAAUUUCUCAUAAGGACUUUCAUGCAGGAUUCCCGUACCGAAUAUCCAUAUAUGUUCCACAUUGGCUUAUCGUACGACAAAGAGAAAGAAACAUAUGUUUGGGAACAGCCAGGGAAGAGUUCCAUUCCGCUCAGCAAUGAGUUCACAAAGUGGGAAUCAGGAUUUCCGGACUUCAAAGGAAACAAUGGCUGCGUUUUAAAUGUGCAAUCAGAAAACCUGUCAUCGCUAAAGUGGCAAAAUGUGGAUUGCACACAUGUGUCGAAGAAAUAUAUAUGCCAAACGAACACUUGCGACACGGAUAACUAUUGCUCGGAUUCUGACUGAUUCG